GCACGGUUUAACGCAAACGAUUAGCCAUUGCUCAAGUCAUCUUGGUUUAUCUACGUAUGUUUUGUUCUGAAUCGACGAAAGCACGAAGCAAGCCCGAAAAUGGCGACAUUUCCCCUGAACGGUUCCUCUGUCUCUGCUUCCAAUACUGCCUUGUCUCUCAAUCUCAAACCCUCCUCGCACCAGAAACCUUCAGUACUGGUUCCGACUACCAUCAUUCCAUCUCGCCGCCGGCGGUCGCUUCUUCCAGCACUUGCCUUAACCAACGACUUGGGCAACAAAUUCCGACGAGCCAGAGUCUCACACAUCACAUCAGCAACAAUGGCUGCCGGUCUCAGUGUUGGAGAGAUUCUGCCACCGCCUCUUACAUCUGCUUCGGACCUUCCUGCAAUCUUUGACGGCACAAGUAGGUUGUAUUUGUCGUAUACAUGCCCAUAUGCGCAGCGUGUGUGGAUUACUCGAAACUGUAAGGGGUUGCACGAAGAGAUCAAGUUAGUUCCUCUUGAUCUCAAAGACAGGCCUUCUUGGUACAAGGAGAAAGUCUACCCUCCUAACAAGGUGGUGUCAUAAAUCAAACCACAUUGGUGCUUGAUUCUAUCUUUCUGCACAUUUUCAUGCUUGUCUGCCUUUUUGGUGUGGCAAAAAAAUGCAGGUUCCUGCACUGGAGCACAACAAUGAAGUGAUAGGAGAGUCGCUCGAUUUGAUGAAAUACAUCGACGCUCAAUUUCAUGGACCUCAACUGCUCCCUCAAGAUCCUGCGAGAAGGGAAUUUGCAGAAGAGCUGUUCUCCAAUGCCGGGUCAUUUCAUAAGUCUGUGAGCUCCACGCUCAAAGGAGAAGGUGAUGAAGCAGUCACAGAAGCCGCUUUUGAUGACAUAGAAGCAGCUCUUUCCAAGUUUGAUGAUGGACCCUUCUUCCUUGGCCAGUUCAGUCUGGCAGAUAUAGCUUAUGCACCAUUCAUGGAAAGAUAUCAGCCAGUUUUGCUAGACAUGAGAAACUAUGACGUCACUGCCAAAAGGCCUAAACUUGCUACUUGGAUACAGGUAUGGUAUGCAGGAGAAGGGCUCUUUCAGCUUUGAAUUUGAAUGACAAGAAUGCCAACACUUUCCCCCUAAUUUUCGCGAGGGAAUCGGCAGUCAUCCACAUGUUUAUGCUUUUGUGUACAGGAGAUGAGCAAAAUUGAGGGCUACAACCAAACUCGGCGCGAUCCAAAGGAGCACGUCGAGAACUACAAUAAACGCUUUGCAGGAAAGAUCCAAGUCUAAUUGAGGAAAUGACAACAGUAGCUAGACUGUUAAUUUCAGUUGGCAAUGGUAAUGCUACCAACAGGCAGACAUCAACAUAAGCAAAUACAACGGAUAAAAAAAUAUCGAUCCGAUGUUUAUAUGUCGUGUAUGUUCUAUUGCCACAAAAUGCAACAAUUACAAAUGAAAUCUUAUGCCACUGCUAUUGCAUUAAUGCUGUAUAACAACUCAAGCUUCACCCAAACAAGUCUCUGUGUUUUAUUGCCUACUUAAGAAAAACAGAAGAUUGGUGGU